AUGCAAACCCAAGACAAUCAUUUUAUACUAAAGGAACAUACAUGUCAUUGGCAUAUCCGCCAAAAUUAUAACUUAUUUUCUCAGUGGAAACAGAAAAGAUUUAAGGUUGUCAUGUUGAAGUUGGCCGAUUUCAGAAAGAUAAGGCUUAUGGGUAGAUUUUGUACUAAAUCCUUUGAGUUUUUUAAGUUGUUGAAGAAGAUCAAGAGACGAAAUUACCAGUGA